AUGUGGCGGUUAUUGUACUUGUUCUUGCUGUUUAUCCGUGUCUAUUUUGCCGUGUCGCCGAGUUAUCUUCACCCCGACGAGAUCUUCCAAGGGCCAGAGCCUGUCGCUGCGUACCUAUUCCCUUAUCCGACUCGUCCAACAUGGGAAUGGACGUCUUCGCGCCCUAUCCGCAGUGUCUUUCCAUUGUGGCCAAUCUAUGGAUUGCCCAUGACCCUCUUGAAAUGGACCUGGGCGCAGGAAGAAGAUGGAGAUUGUGUCGAUACCACCGUCAUCUAUUAUACGCUCCGCCUCGUCAUGUUUCUUCUCAGUUUCGUCCUGGAGGAUUGGGCUGUUCAUGAGUUGGUCCGCUCUCCUCGACGCUGGAUUCAGGCCGUCAUUCUAGUCACUUCCUCCUAUGUGACUUGGACCUUUCAAACACAUACCUUUUCAAAUUCCGUUGAAACCCUUCUUGUUUUGUGGAGCCUGGUUAUGAUAGAGCGCAUUUUGCGCGACAAGAAACGGUCAGCAAUCGCCUCGAGUGCGGUCCUAGGGUUUCUUUUUGUAUUCGGAAUCUUUAAUCGGGUUACUUUUCCCGCCUUCGUCGUGAUACCCGGCAUUCAACUCUUGCCACAUUUUUGGAAUAGUUACAAUGCUGACAUGGAUUUGAGACCUUUCUGCCUUCUUGCCCUUUCACUUUCCGGCAUUUUCUGGACACUAAUCGCAAUCAUAAUCGACACCGCCUACUAUUCUGGCCCGUCAGCCACGAGGUCUUUCCGUGCACUCUACGACCAUGUUUGGAAGAGUCCAGUAAUCACUCCUCUCAAUAAUCUACUGUACAACACACAGACCAGCAAUCUUGCGCAACACGGUCUUCAUCCCCAUUAUCAACACAUCCUGAUCAACCUGCCUCAACUUCUCGGCCCAGCGUUUAUCCUCCUAAUCGCCUCUGUCUACCCGUUCAAUCUUCGCAUUCUGAAGGGACUCCUCUCGAAUAAUCGGCUCGCCUCUGCUGGUGCGGGAUGUCUUCUCCUCAGCUUAAUCCCGCACCAAGAACCGCGGUUCCUCCUACCCGCUGUCCCUCUCAUACUGACAAGUAUUCGUGCUCCAUCUUCUAAGAUAAGGGCGAUACUUUUCUGGACUACUUGGGUAAUUUUCAACGGAGUUCUCGCAAUCCUUAUGGGCGUAUAUCACCAGGGUGGAAUCAUCCCUGCUCAACUUGCUAUGCCUUCCUUAGUAACACACUCAUUGAACACAACCCACUCGGACGCCCAUAAUGUUGAAAUCUUCUGGUGGAAGACUUACCCCCCGCCAACCUUCCUUCUCGGCUCGGACCCACUACAUCCUACGACCAACAGAUCGCUGAACAUCUCCACCGUUCCCCUGAUGGGCUACCCUCAAAAUGAAUUGGUCUUCAUGCUCAUGCAGCACAUGCCCACGUGCGAUCCAACACUUGUGGAACGGUUGAUCUUACACAAAGAGAAGACGGAUAUCUUUGUGGUGGCGCCACUCAGCGCAUGGCGUCUUGAUGCUUCCAACCCUCUCCUGACUUCCUCCAACCAUCUCUCUGUCCAGAAGGCGGAAUUCACCUAUCCUCCGGUCUCCAAUUUUAGCUUCGCAAUUGAUAUGAACAUUCCACCUGCACAGUUGACCUUGACGAAUUUGGCAGUGUUCCGCCGACAUUUGAAUCUUGACGACUUGGAUUUUGGGGAUGAUGGAGUUUGGCCUACGUUGGAGAGAGUCGUGGGUAGACGAGGACUGGGCGUGUGGCGGGUCGACCGCAUCUGCGGCCCCGUGGAGUACGUGGAUGCACACACGGGGGAGAAGCUUACGGCGGAACAAGUAAAUGUCAGGAAGGCAGAAAAUAACGAGGGUCGGGAGGAUUUGGUUCAAGAGGCAGACUCGUUUGAAGACGCCGGCAGGGUAUCAAGUUCGGCCAUGAUUCACACCACAGCGGCGCCUGAAGAACAAGACCAGAGGAGAGUCAGCACGACCACAGUAACCCCAGAUAGUCCAACAGAUGAUCCCAGCCUCGAUCUCUGA